GAUCCCGGAGCGCCGCCCCUUCCGGCGCUGCCAUGGCGGAGCCGUCGGGGCCGUUCUGGGUACUGCGGGACGGCUCGGGCCGCUACCUCUGCUACUGCAGACCCGCGCCCGGCCCCGGCUCGGCCGCCACCGUCUUUGUGACUGACGCGCUGGAGGUGUGGGCCGGGCGGCUUGGCGGGGACGCGCCGGAGGACGGCGUCGCGGAGCUCAGGGCAGCGCUGGGCCGCGGGGCCGUCUCGCUGGGGCUGAGGGACGGGACGGCCACGCUGCGGCUGUGGGAGGGGCACGAGGCCCUGCUGCUCCCCCGGCUGCCCGCUGCCGAGGCGCGGCCGCAGCUCCAGGCGCUGCUGUUCGCCAUGGCCGCCCGCGUCCGGGACCUGGAGGAGCGCCUGGAAGUGCUUGGCACUCUGGGCUCUUCCUACAGCCUCGAGAAGAGCACCACCCGGAGCCAGCAGCCUGUCCUGCCAGGUGAGCAGUUCUGGGGGGUGUGCUGCACGCUUGUUUGCUUUCUCUUCCUCAGGAGGCUGCUGGGGCCGGGAACCCCCUGGGGUGCUGACCCCCCUCUGCUGUGGCUGCUGCCCCCACCGCUGUCAGUGCCCUCCCUGGCGCAGGAGGGGCCCGGCUCGGCACGGUGGCUCCUGAGAUGCCCAGUGCAUCAUGGGGCAGGGCAGUGUGCCCGCCUGCAGGGGAAGGCUGGCGUGGAUGCUCUUCUAGACUGGAGGCCCUGGCAGCUCCUCUGGGCCUUCCUCACCUGCUGUGUCUGCCGGAGGUGCUCCCCGGAUUCAGAGGGGCCUGUGGGACUGCCAGAGCCCCUGGCUGACCUCUUGCUUUCCCUGUCCCUCCCAUUCCUGGCUGAGGCAGACCCCAGUCCCAGAAAGAACAGGGCUGCUGGCUCUGCUUUGCCAGCGAAGAGGAAGAUCCCGGGAGAGUCCCUCAUUAACCCUGGCUUCAAAAGCAAGUCUGCUCCAUCUGGAGUGGACUUUGAAGACUCGUGACCUGCGCUGUCCCAUCCACCCAACAGCAGCCUUGUCAGCCACGCAUGCCCACUGAGGUCUCCCUGCACCCUGCCACUCUGCAGCUGUGACAUGUGCAGCGCCGGGAGCUGCAUGGGGCAGGUGGGACCUGCAGGCAGCACCAGGCGGCCCCGUUGGGCAGCGGCUCCUUGGCUGUGCUGGGGCAUGGCCUUGGGGGCAGCUGGGGCAGCGGUGACAAAGUGGUGGCUUUUUGUCCUGCGGCUUUUCCCUGCUGACAGGUGCCACCCCUCUGCCCCACUUGCUAUGAGUUGGUGGGGUUUUUAAAGUAGCACCGAAGGAUAUUUUUUAAAGGUUGUCUGUGCUUAACUUAUUGCCAGUAAAGCUUGUUUUGGCCAGCAGGUCUGGGGACCCGGCCAGCCUGAC